UUUUCAUUUCAUUUUUUUUUCUCCCCAACCCCUUUCCCUUUGUCUUUUCCUCCCUCCUUUUUUUCCCCUUUUCCACCUCCUGCAUUUUCCAGUCCAAACCCUAGACUUCAAAUCUAGGGUUUUGUUCUGUUGCUGGGUCUGAGGCAGUCGCUCAAGAGCUGCCAGGUUGUUAUUCUUGCUUCUCUGUAGCCCCCUGAGCUCCGGAUUUUCUACAUUUUGGUUUUUGCUGGAUAUUUUGUGUGAUGGGUCUGUAGGGGUCCUAAUGUUCAGGUUCUGCAGUCACUUGGUUACUUGUUUCUGUGGGUAAAGGUCCGAACUUUUUAGGGUUUUUAGAUUUUUCUGGAACUUAAAGCAAAACCCUUUUUUAUAAGCUCACUCUGUUUUUGUAUUUUGAAGAUUUAGGGUUAAAGGGGAUUUAUUUCCCCUCUUUUUUUUUUUUUUUGGUUUUUGAAAAUAAUGUUAUAACGUUUCCCCCAUUUUGUUUGAAUUUUCUGUUUUCUGUAAAAUUGACUAAGAGGGUUGUAGAAACAAUCUUUAGGUGACAAAGAGUUGAGGUUUUUAGUGACAAAUCUCUUAGUAAAUGCAUGGAUGGGAGGGAAGCAAUGGGAUUGUCUGGUGGGUCAGCUUCAUACUACAUCAGUAGGGGAGGAGGGGUUGGUGGGUCUAUACCUGGAUCACAGGCUGGCGGCGGUGGCGGACUUCACCAUGCUGCACUUGGGUUCAGGUCCAUCUCAAACACCCUCAUCCAACCUCAGUCCAAUGUGAGGGUCAGCUCUGUGGGAUCAACGUUCUCAGUGGAGCCUUCAAGACCCAAUUUUGAACAUCAUGGCAGUACCAUGAAUGUCACUCCCGGAGCGCCUUCAGCUCAGCCUGUAAAGAAGAAAAGAGGGAGGCCCCGGAAGUAUGUCCCCGAUGGGUCAGUUUCUCUGGGGUUGUCUCCCAUGUCGGCAACACCUACUCCUACACCGGGUUCAACCAGUCCGACCCCGAAACGUAGUAGAGGGAGGCCACCUGGGAGUGGUAGGAAGCAACAGUUGGCUGCUCUUGAUUGGAUGAACACUUCGGCUGGAUUAGCUUUUGCACCCCAUGUUAUCACCAUUGGAGUUGGAGAGGACAUUGCAGCAAAAUUAUUGUUAUUCGCACAACAGAGACCAAGGGCGCUAUGCAUAUUGUCUGGAAAUGGUGCAGUGUCUUCUGUAACUCUACGCGAGCCUGCAUCUACUGGUGUCAGUGUCACAUAUGAGGGUCGGUUCCAGAUAUUAUGCUUGUCAGGUUCGUACUUAGUUGCCGAGGAUGGUGGACCUCGCAAUCGAACAGGGGGAAUAAGUGUUUCCCUUUCUAAUCCUAAUGGUCAUGUCAUUGGUGGUGCUGUCGCAGUGCUUAUUGCAGCAACUCCAGUGCAGGUUGUGCUUUGCAGUUUUGUAUAUGGUAGCUCAAAGACCAAGAACAAGCAAGUGGCUGGUCCCAAUAGCGAUGAGAAUUCCGAGCCACAGCAUAGCGAGAAAUUGGCUCUACCAAGCAGUGCCCCACCUACUCAAAAUUAUAAUCCCUCCGGUGCAGGCAUUUGGCCUGGAUCGCGGCAAGUUGAUUUGAGAAAUGGCCACACUGGUAUUGACUUGACUCGCGGAUGAAGAUACGCUGCAACAGACAUGCCGGUUUUGUAUAUGUGUUGUUGUAAAUGAACUGCAUCUGUGAGAAGGGUAACUUGACGACCCUUCACCCACCGGCGGUUAAACAAGUUUAUGCUAACAUAGUCUGUAACAAAAUCCAUUACUCUGGGAGAUGUUUCGGUGACAUAAUUCACCCAUUGAGGAAGUUUCAAGUAGUGUGGAGGUUAAGAUACUCAUCUGUAGCAAGAUAUUCUUUUGGCUUUUAGGUGGAAACUUCCUAUUGAAUCAAAAGUCCUUUUGAAGUUCGUAACCAUUUCAAAAUCACAAUUUGCAGAAUUGUAUGCCGCACAUGUAUGGAUGAAUGAGCUUCUCUUUCUUUU